GACCAAAAGUUACCAUCAGACAGAGACGAGAAGCUCAUCCACUACCAGACCAUCCCAGAAAGACGCUUCUCCACUGACCGAGCACGUGAAGUAAUCAAGCGCAUCGUUGAUGAAAGACUCGAGACUGUGGAGUACAGCGGCGCAUGCGCGGUCAUCUCCAAGGAACUGUCUGACUGCAUUAAAACGGCUGUAAAGAAGCUGCUGUAUGAGCGAUAUAAGCUGGUCUGUUUUGUGGCCAUCGGGCAGCUGAAGGACUCGGUGGUGAACUGCUGCAGCAGAGCCGUCUGGAGUCCCACUGCAGACACAUUCACUGAAUAUAUCUAUAAAAACAGAUCCUUAUUUGCGGUGUGCGUCUUGUUUGCAGUCUAUAAAGAGUAGGCUUGCGUAAUCGGUCAAAUGUCACUUAAGUAGCUACAAUUUUAUAUAUGUUUAUAUUAGCACCGAAGUCAGCAUAGGCCUAUCAGAAUGUUUUUGAAGGGUCAUGUGACACUGAAAACUGGAGUAAU